AUGUCCACAACAAUAUCAUCUGAGAGCUUCUCCACUCCAGUUCUUGGUGACAAAUCUACAGCCUUUGAAAGCAGCCCUGGAUCACCACAUACAACUCUGUCACUUGGCAGCUCUACAAUAUCAGGAUUUGGUGGGGAAUCUACAACCACCCAAGGCAGUUCAGGCUCUACUUAUACAACAGUGUCACCUGAGAGCUCUCUAACUCCAGUCCUUGUUCCAGGUCUCAGUGCAGAAUCCACAACCUUGUACAGCAGGCCAGGUUCAACAUCCACAGAGUUGACUCUUGACAGCUUUACAACACCAGAUCUCAGUUACAAAUCUACAACCUUCCAAAGCAGCCCUGGCUCAGCACACACUAUGGUUCCGCCUGACAGCUCUUCAACACCAGGUCUCGGCUUCAGUGAGGAUCCUACAAAUGCCCAAGGCACUUCAGACUCAUCACAACCAACAGCCUCUCCCAGGAGCUUUCCAACCUCAGGUCUCCUUGAAGGAUCUACAGCUUUCCAAAGCAGUCCAGGCUCAACACCUACAACAGUGUCUGCUGAAAGUUCCCUGGCCCCAGGGCAAUGCCAGGAUGGAAAAACAUGGAAUGGAAAAGAGUGUGUCUGUCCCCAGGGCUACUUUGAUCACCUGUGUCUGUCCCCAUUGGAAUACUUCUACAUAGAAACCCCGGAAAAAAUCAACGCCACUUUAGGUGUGACAGUGAAAGUGACUCACAGGAAUUUCACAGAAGACCUGAAUGACAUCACCUCCAUGGCAUACUGGAAUUUCACUAAACUAUUCAGGAGCUGGAUGGAUGAAGUUUACACGGGCAUUGACCUUCCCCAGUAUAAAGGCGUGAUCAUUAGGAGAUUGCUCAAUGGCAGCAUCGUGGUGAAAAACGACGUCGUCCUGGAGGCAAACUACACUGCAGAGUAUCAGGAACUAUUUGCAAGCCUUGCUGAGAUUGUAAAGGCCAAGAUUAUGAAUGAAACCAGAAUUCCUAUUGAUCCUAGCUUAUGCCAAGACAACUCCAUACUGUGCUACAGUGGGGACACCAUCGUGGAUGAAGGGGUCAAGCUGGGCUUUGACUUCCAGGAGCAAUGCACGCGGAAGGCUGCCAAGGAUUAUGCCCCGUUUUACUAUGUGGAUGUCUUGGCUGGGAAGCUGACCUGUGUGACCAGGUGCACCCUGGGGACAAAGUCGAAACUGAACUGUAACCAGGGCAAGUGCCAGCUGCAGCGCAGUGGCCCCCGCUGCCUAUGCCUAAAUACAGACACACACUGGUACUGGGGAGAGACCUGUGAAUGGAGCACCAGCAAGAGCCUCGUGUACGGGAUUGUGGGGGCCGUGGUGGCCGUGCUGCUGGUCACAGUGGUGGUCCUGGUCAUCUUCCUCAGCCGGUCCCAGAGAAAACUGCACAGACAAGAGUAUGAUGUUUCCCGAGAGUGGCAAAGAGAUGACAUGGCUGAUGGCUUCAAGAACACAGGCAUCUGGGAAGGCAAGGAUCUGAAGGAAGACAGAUUCGGCCUUGAGAACGCCUACAGCCACUUCCGGCCCUCUCUGGAAAACAUAGACCCUGCUGCAGAGCUCCAUAUCCAGAAGCCCCAGGUGGUGACAACCACUCUGUGA